AUGAGCUUACUUGGCAGAGAAUGGAUCCGCGUGCUGAAGCUGGACCUCAACGUCAUGUUUGUUGGGAGUGUCCGCGAUCCUCAGCCAGACCUCUCGGACAUUCUGCGCCAGUACGACGAGCUUUUCGAGGAGAGACUAGGUCGGUGCUCGAAGGUCAAGGUCCACCUACAGUUUCAGUCAGAAGCGAGACCGAAAUUUUGCAAAGCCAGGCCUAUUCCGUUUGCGCUUCGUGACGCAGUGGAGAAAGAUCUUCAGAGACAAGUCAGUAACGGAGUCUUGACGCCAGUUGAAGUGUCGCAAUGGGCAACACCAAUUGUAGUCGUUCCCAUACCGAACGGGGCGGUGCGUGUCUGCGGCGAUUUCAGCGUUACUGUCAACCCGCAGCUGGGCGUUGCCCAGUACCCCCUACCUCGUCCGGAGGAGCUGUUCGCAAAACUGAACGGUGGCAAGCACUUCUCGAAACUCGACCUCUCGGAAGCAUAUUUGCAGUUGGAGCUGGAUGAAGAUGCGAAGAAGGUCCUUGUCGUGAACACUCACAAGGGUCUUUUCCGCUUCAACAGGAUGCCUUUUGGGAUAUCGUCAGCCCCCGCUAUAUUCCAGAGAACAAUGGAACAGGUCACUGCUGGCCUAGAGGGCGUGGCUUGUUAUCUCGACUACAUCAUCGUAACUGGAAGAACAGAGGUCGAACAUCUGGACCACCUGGAAGAGGUCUUGCGAAGGCUUCAUCUUUACGCACCACUCAAUCAACUUCUGCGGAAUAAUGUGCCUUGGGAGUGGUCAGCAGGUCGCGCCCAGGCGUUCAAGGAGAUCAAACAUCGACUCACGUCCAUCGAUUCCUUGGCGCAUUUCGACCCUAGUCAAACUCUCUACAUGGCUGCUGACGCUUCCUCGAUAGGCGUUGGCGCAGUGAUUUACCCUAAAGUCAAUGGUAAAGACAAGCCCAUCGCCCAUGCUUCUAAGAUGUUGACGUCGGCCCAAAAAAACUACGUCCAAAUUCAAAAGGAAGCCCUGGCCAUUAUAUUCGGUGUUAAGACGUUUCACCAAUAUCUCUGGGGAAGGGAAUUCAUCUUAUAUACCGACCAUAAACCACUGACGGCAAUCUUUGGCUCAAAGAGAGGAAUUCCAGUCACAGCGGCGAACAGAAUGCAGCGCUGGGCGUUGACCCUGCUUGGUCAUAGUUUUGACAUUCAGUACAAGCCGACGGCCCAUUUCGGAAAUGCGGACGGCCUGUCUCGACUUCCGGCAGGUCCGGACCCGGAUUUCGAUGCUGCGAUUUUGGAUGACGACUUCCUUUUGGGGAGUACUGGAUCGCCGAAUGUCUCUUCCGUCCUCUCAGUAGGUAUUGAUAAAAUUCCGCUGAAAGCGUCGGCAAUUGCCAAGGCCACUGCUGCAGACCGAAUCCUUUCUAAGGUCUACCGUUACAUCAUGGAAGGUUGGCCUUGUCGUGAACGGGACCCCGAGCUUCAACCGUACUACCAGCGCAACACUGAGCUGUCAACAGAAAAGGGUUGCAUCGUAUGGGGCAUGCGCGUUGUCGUUCCGUCCCAGCAUUGCAACACUGUCCUCAGCCUACUUCAUGAUGGCCACAUUGGGCAAACAAAAAUGAAGAUGUUGGCGCGCUCCUAUGUAAGGUGGCCAGGAAUGGACAAUGACAUUCAACUGACUUGUCAGUCGUGUGGAGCGUGUGCCGCUUCUUCGGAUCAACAACUUCCAGUUCCUCUUCACCAAUGGGAGGUUCCGAAAGAACCGUGGUAUCGCCUUCACGCUGACUUCGCAGAGUUCGGCGGAAAAACUUACCUAGUGGUAAUCGAUGCGUACAGCAAGUGGCCCGAGGUGAAGUUGAUGAGGUCUACCAAGGCUUCAGCCACAAUAGAAGCCCUUGAGGACAUCUUUGCUGCCCAGGGACUCCCUCUCCACAUGGUUAGCGAUAAUGGACCUCAAUUCAUUUCAGCAGCGUUGAAAGAUUUCUUGGCUCGCCUCGGAAUUAAACACAUCUUGACUCCGCCGUAUCACCCUAAGUCCAACGGACAGGCUGAGAAUCUUGUCCGAACUCUGAAAGCCUUCCUUCGCCGUCAGAGGGAAGGGAGGGACGGUGCCAAGGAAAUUAAGCAUUUCGUGCUUAAGUACAGGAUAACGCCUCACGCAACAACCGGACAGCCGCCGUGCGAAAUGCUUAACAAGAGGCACUACCGUACAGAGCUGGACCUUCUGCGCCCUAACCAUCCAAACGCCUUGUCUCCAGCGAGAGAUCGUCAAAAGCGCAAUUAUGACUCUCGCACAAGACUGCGGAAGUUUGCCGCCAACGACGAAGUUUGGGUCAAGGACAAGUCCCGGAAGAACCACUGGCUUCGGGGUACCAUUGUUCGCUCUUCGAGCGGUCCAACAUAUCAGGUCAUGACGGAGGAUCUGAAACAGCACAAGAUGCAUGCUGACGACAUCAAGCCGCGUCUGCCCGAAUUGCCGGAUAUAGACUGGUCACACGGAGUCGAAUCUGCAACAACAGGUGGGAACGCUGAGUCUACCUUGGCCGCUGAUGAGGACACUCAACCCGUGCCUCAGGCCCGAAGAUACCCUGCUAGAAAUCGUCGUCCGGCCCAACGGUACGGAUCAACUUAA